CAGCGCUGAUAAACACGGGACUGGGUCAUGUUGUAGAGGAGACUGAUCAUGACCCCGCCGGUGAAGGUUCUGCUGCUGGGGGCUUUGGUCCUCUCGGCCGCCCAGGCGAGCCUCCAGAUCCCCCCGCACGAGGAGGUCGCGCGGAUGGCGCGGUUUGUGGUGAACCGCUGUGACUGGGCCUCCAUGGCCACCAUCUCCACUCACGAGCCCGUGAAAGGACAGCCGUUCUCCAACGCCUUCUCCAUCAGCGACGGACCCCCGGGCAACGGGACCGGGACCCCCUACCUGUACCUCACACACAUGGAGAUCUCCGUGCAGGAUCUGCAGGUGAAUCCCCAGGCCUCCAUGUCCGUGUCUCUGGCUCAGACCCCAAUCUGUAAACACAAGGGCUACGACCCCCAAAGCCCCCUGUGUGCCCACAUCAUCCUCUCUGGCUCUGUACAAGAUGUGAAUGGUACAGAAGAAGCUGAUUUAGCAAAGAAGUCAUUAUUUAGCAGACAUCCUGAGAUGAUUGACUGGCCGGUUGAUCACAGCUGGUUCUUUGCUAAAAUGAACAUCACCCAGGUGUGGGUGCUGGACUAUUUUGGCGGUGUGAAGAUGGUGUCUCCUGAGGAUUACUACAAGGCCACCCCGUAUUAAACACCACUGUGGUGUUCUACAGUGAGCUUUGAUUAAAGAAGACUCUAAGAAGAGAGCUGCACUAAAGGGCACGACUACUGGCCAGAUGAGCUGCUUUGCUACAUUUCUUGAAGAGUGUUUGAUUGUUUGAUAGAUAGUGAAGUCUUUAAGCAAUAUAUAUGUAUUUUAAACCAAUACCUGUUUGUAAUACAUAGUUAUAUUUUUAAAUAUGAUGCAUUUCUUACUUCAUAGCAGGUCUAUGUGAGGUUUUUCACUUAGUCUUGGCUUAAGUAGGUUUUCUCUUGGAUAAUCUGAUCCAUGGGUGAUUUUUUGCACUUUGCACAUGUGAUUAUUUCUCCUCUUCUACAUCUACUUCUCCUUUUUCUUCUUUUCUUCUAAGUAGUCUUUCUUACAUUAGCAGUUAGUUCUCCCUUUUUGUGGCCUUAAUAUCAAGCAGUGAGGGAGGAAAGUCUUAUUUUUUUGUUU